ACUCGUGGCAGGCCGAACCUGUGCCGGACGCCGCUCCGUCGCUCCGUUGCCGCGUCAGCGAUCUCCCGCUCGUCUCGUCUCUCGUCUUGUGUUGUCCGAGGCUGCCGAGGACUGUGCUGGACUGGCCGUCUGUGCGACGCCGUGACCACGCCAACGCCCAUUGGAUUAUUUCAGCAGUGAUUGUGUGUGUGUGCACGCCGUGCCAGCCCCCCGAGGAUUUCACUGGGAUUUUACAGUGCGCUGGCGAGCGGUGUCUUAACUAAGUGCAUCUAAGUGAAAAGUGCGCGUGUGUCGAAGUGACCUGGUGGGAUGAGAAUGUGAGUGCGUGUCGGCACUAACAGUGAACCAGUGGCCGUGCCGUGUGUGGGCAAAGUGAUUGUGCAGUGAUCGGACAUCCCUAGUGUCCAAGUGAUUGUGCAGUGAGAAGCGCAGCUUGACGAUGGGCGAGUGCGCUUGAGUGUGGAUUGAGCGCGCAGUUUCGUUUUGUGGAUACAACGACCAGCUGCAAGAUGAAGCUCCAAGGAUCUAGCGGCAGGAUGUGCCGAUUUCUUCUGCUAUCAGGGGUGGCGGCCUCGCUGCUGUGCGUGGCCAUGGCCGCGGGCUCGGCGGGCGCGACGGCGGCGGCGCCCGAGGUCCGGGACACGCGGGAGGGCGAGGACGUGUCGCUGUCGUGUCGCUUCGCCCCCCAAGUGGCGCAGCAGAACCCCACCUACUUCUGGCUGCGCGUCAACACCCGCAAGCACGACAACGUGGCCAUCGGCGACGCCCCGCUCGACACCAACUACCGCCUGGACUUCCGGCCGGAGCAGGGCCGCUACGACCUCCUCAUCAGCAACGUGUCGUACGAGCGCGACAACGGGCGCUUCGAGUGCCGCGUCAAGGCACCCGGCUCGGGCCUGGACCUGCACUCGCACGUCGUGGCCCUGACCGUGCUCACGCCGCCCGACGCGCCCGUCGUCACCCCCGGCGUGCGGCCCGUCGCCACCGAGGGCAAGCCCAUGCAGCUGUCGUGCGGCAGCACCGGCGGAUCGCCCGACCCCGUCAUCAGGUGGUACAAGGAAGGCAACACGUUCCCGCUGGAAGCCACCAUGAAGAACGGCGCCUCCCGUGACGUGGCCACCACGGCCGUGCUGACGGUGAACGCGUCGAGGACGGACGACGGCGCCGUGUACCGCUGCGUCGUCUGGAACCGCGCCAUGCCCGAGGGCACCAAGCUGGAGACCGUGGUCACCCUCUCCGUCAACUACUUCCCCCGCGUGGAGAUCGGCCCCGACAACCCCGUUCGCGUGGAGCGCGACGGCACCGCCACCCUGCAGUGCAACGUGGACGCCAAGCCGCGCGUCAGCAACGUGCGCUGGACCCGCAACGGCCGCUUCGUGGCCACCUCCUUCACGCACACCAUCCACCGCGUGUCCGUGCAGGACGCCGGCAAGUACGUGUGCUCGGCCGACAACGGCCUGGGCCAGGUCGGCGAGGCCGAGAUCACCCUGGACGUGUUGUACCCGCCGCAAGUGACGCUGGACUCGAAGCACCGCGAGGCCGAGGAGUACGAGAGCCUGACGGUGCACUGCAACGUGUCGGCCAACCCCAAGCCCUCCGUGGUGGAGUGGGUGCGCGAGGGCCGGCCCGAGUUCCGCCAGUCCGGCACCGUGCUGUCGCUGCCCCGCGUCACGGCCGAGUCCGCCGGCGUGUACAUGUGCCGCGCCGUCAACACCCUGGACGUGUCCACGCCGCCGCGGCGCCGCGUCGAGCACAUCGGCAACGCGUCGCUCACGCUGCUCGUGCGCCACAAGCCCGGCCUGGCCCGCAUCUCCCCCGACAAGCCCGUGGCCACCGAGGGCGCCGGCGUCACCCUCACCUGCUCCGCCAACCCGCCCGGCUGGCCCUUGCCGCAGUUCCGCUGGUGGCGCGACCCCGCCGACAGCAACAGCAGCAGCAACGGCAACAGCCCCGCCACCGUGCUCACCACCGGCCCCAAGUACACCAUCACGUCGACGCACCUGGGCAGCGAGGGCACCUACCACUGCCAGGCCUCCAACGAGAUCGGGCAGGGCGAGCCCGCCUCCGUGUUCCUGGAGGUGCACCAGCCGCCGCGCUUCCUGGCCAAGCUGCAGCCCCACGUGACGAGGCGCGUGCGCAACGACGACUUCACGGCCAUGUGCGGCGCGCAGGGCAAGCCCAAGCCCUCCAUCCGCUGGCUCAAGGACGGCCGCGACAUCGGCGCCGGCACCCCCGGCAGCGGCUUCUACGACAUCAGCACCGAGGAGUCGGAGGCGCGCAACGCCGUCUACACCGUGCAGAGCAUCCUCAAGUUCAGCGGCCCGGACCGCAAGGAGCACAACCAGCUGGAGCCCAGCGACCGCGGCGUGUACACCUGCAUCUUCGAGAACGAAGUGAAGAAGACCGAGUCCACCAUGCACCUGCGCAUUGAACACGAGCCCAUCAGCCUGAACCGCUACAACAAGGUGGCCUACGACCUCCGCGAGGACGCCCAGGUGGUGUGCCGCGUGCAGGCCUACCCGCGCCCCGAGUUCCAGUGGAGUUACGGCAGCAACCAGGCCGCCCUGCUCACCAGCAGCGAGGGCCACUACGAGAUCACCACCAGCACCGAGAACGGCGACAUCUACACCAGCGUGCUCAAGGUUUCCAACAUCCGCGACGUGGACUACGGCGAGUACACCUGCCGCGCCAACAACGGCCUCGGCACCAAGCGGGAGACCAUCAAGCUGCAGCCCAAGGGACCCCCCGAACACCCCCAGGCCGUCAAGUCGACCGCCGUGGGCCACAACUACGUGACGCUCUUGUGGGAGGCCGGCUUCGACGGCGGCGUGCAGAACACCAAGUACUUCGUGUCGUACCGCCGCGUGGCGGGCGGCAGCAACACCGAGGGCGGCGACCUGGCCAGCGACUGCUACUCCGCCGCGCCCCCCAGCGUCAACGCCAACCUGGUCAGCUCCUCGGAGGCGACGUCCGGGGAGGCCGGCGGCUGGCAGGAGUUCGACUGCCAGAAGAACAACCCCUGCAACGUGACCUCCCUGGAGCAGCACGCCAGCUACGUCUUCAAGGUGAAGGCCUACAACACCAAGGGCCACAGCAACUACUCCGAGUCCGUGGCCGCCCUCACCAAGGUGGACCGCAUCCCCGCGCCCCAGCGCGUCACCUACGACCCCGAGUCCCACCUGCUGUCCAUCAACAUCGCCGCCACGUGCCUGCAGCUCAUGGGCCAGGUCGAGGCCUCGCUCGGCAUCGUGCAGGACGUGAGCACCGGCCAGGAGAUGGACGAGUGGCACCUCGUGGACACGCUGCCCAUCGUGGCCAACGGCGGCGCCGCCACCCGCAGGGAGGCCGUCAUCUCCUCGCUGGUGGCCAGCAAGACGCACCCGGAGAGUGGAUUCAGGUCGACCGGCAGGUCUCUCGGAGGCGACGACAACUACUACGGCAGCGAGGUGCCCGAGGACGUGCUCGACCCCGAGCACAACGCCGUCACGCAGGGAGACCCCCGCGUGCGCGUCAAGCUGUGCCUGCGGUCCAACCCUGAAACCUGUGGCGACUACACCGAAGCCGACAUUGGGCCUUCUUACAUCAAGGAGGCUUCCGUGCUAGCAACACCAACACUGAUUGCCAUUGUCGUGUCUUGUGUGGUGUUCAUCCUCUUUGUCGGAUUGCUCUUCAUGUUCUGCCGUUGCAAGCGGCACCAGAACAAGAAAGCCAGUGGGAAGAACUAUGAAAUGAAUUCCUCAAAUGUUGGCCCCAGUAUGGUGACGCAGCCUCCCCCACCCUACUACCCAAGCUCGGGUCUGGAGAACAAGGCACUGGAGCACUCCCUGGACCUUGCCCUGGAUGACGCCACCAAGGGACACCACGUCUACGCUGCCCAGAACGGCUACGGCUACCAUGGAGCGAUGCCCGGCCACCAGCACCAUGGACCUCCUCAGACACACGGCAUAAAUGGUGGGGAAUCAGAGCAAGGAAAAACUCUCGGGGUCAACAUGGGCUACAUGGAGAAUAGUUAUUCCAAUUCCAACAAUGGUGGCUCAGUCAACUCCCAGGACUCCCUCUGGCAAAUGAAGAUGGCCGCAGCAGCCAGCAACAAUGGAAGCCAAACUGGAAUUCCAAGUGUCGACCCACAGAGCCAGUUCCAACACUCUCACCCCAACCUCCACACGCACGGCUCCACCUAUGGAUACGAUCCCAUGUCACACGGUGGUUAUGGAGCAGUCGACGACUAUGCAGCCUACCCCCAACAGCCUGGUGAUUUGGACUACGGACACCACAUGAAUCAGGGUCGAAACAGUGCCAAUCCUUCAAGGCAAGAGUAUGCGCCAUCUGGUGACCCAUAUGCAGCAGUCCAGAAACCAAGGCGGAGAAUGGAUCAACACAUAGAUUCACCUUACCAUGAUGUGAGCGGACUGCCUGAUCCAUACAUGGAGCAGAUGGAUCAGCAAAUGGAUGACAAACAACCUCAUAUGGGCAUGCCUUAUGAUGAAAGUUUGGAAAGCGGGUACUCUACACCUAACUCACGGAACAGAAGAGUAAUUCGUGAAAUAAUUGUUUGAGGGUGGGAUUCGCGCCACCCGUGUGGCGCGACUUUCCAAACUCAUGCCCCACCAAACUGGCAGGCUUGAAGCUUGAACUGGCCAGUUACCCUGUUUCUCACCACUCUUAUUAGGGCCACACAAAACUAUGGACAUUAAGGUUUUGUGAGCUCUCAAGUGGGAGGUGUGUUCUAAGUCAAACCAAAUUGUGUCAGUGUGAAUAGAUGUUGGCUGAAAGUCAUUACCACAACGACACAAAACCAAACCAACUGUGCAACGAACUGGUAGGUGUGUAUGUGUGUAAGUGUGCUUGAGUGUGUGAAUGUGAUUUUGUGUGUUAUGAAUGACAAAAUUGUUGUUGACAUUAUCUUCUUGUGGUUUAUGUCUGGACCAGAAGAGUUAGUCAUUGUUAAACCUUUCGUUUUGUACUAAGAGAUAAAAGAGAAGUCUCGUGUAUGUUGUCCAUUUAAUGGUGCUGUGUAUUUAUCAUGCAGUUACAAAAAAGGCACAAGACUGAGUAACAGUCUGAAGUGUUUAUAUGGUAAGCGUGGUAUUCAAAGUGCUGAUUCUCUCUUGAAAUAUGCAUUAUGUGUAUGAAGUGUCAUUAAUGGCUACAACUCAUGCACUUUUGAAACGACAGACUGAUUAAAGAACAAAAUUGCAGAAUAGGUAUGGCACAUAUUAAGGGAUGAUUGAGUGUGAUAUUUUCCAUUUUCUCUUGUCAUUUAAUGUGUGUCCACAAAGUCUCAUCAAUAUUGUACAUAGUUAUUGCAAGCAACUGCUUGUGUAAUUUUAAGUAGUACAUUUGUUUGACAGUAAUUUCGGGCUGCUACAUCCGAGUUUAAAUGUUUUCAUGACUUUGGGAUUUAGACAUGACCCACUAUUUAGAUUCUCUUUCAAGUAACCACUCCUUUCUCAGAACAAUUGGUUUGCUUCUUCCAACUUGUGUUCGCAUAAAUCUGAAGAAGAAACCAAUUUCAGGUUUAUCUCUGCAUUUACUACUGGGCUUGGACUGGUUAUAAAAUAUUUGUUAAAUUUUUCAAUAACUGUUUUUAAAAUAGCAUUUCAUUCUUAAAACUUAAUUAUUAUGAAUAUUAUUGUUUAUUUUUUUUAUUGAUGGUAGGUUCAUGUCAUAAUCUUGUUUUUUGUGAAUUCAUUUUCCUUGGAAAGCAAGAAACUUUUGUUGAAUCAUGACGAAUGACUCUUCUUUUAGCUGUAUUGUUCUGUGGAACUGCAUAUUACCUGCUAAAAAGAAAGAGAGUCUUGUUUGUAUUCUAUCAUGAGGUGUAAAUAUCUUCGUGAUUCAACACUAGUUCUUGUAACUUAGUCACUCUUUUAUGAAGUCUAGGGAAUAGAGGUGUUCAUGUGAUUUGACUUUGACUGCGCUUGCUUUUACACAAAAUUGAAACCUCACUCAACAACUGCUAUAUCGUUCCACCUCUUUUCCAAUCUAGUUUUAAUUUUAUUGACCACAGUGAUUAGCUUUGCCAUUGAUCGAAGCACUUUUAGUUUUCCCCCAAGGGGAACAAUGCUGUAUGCUAUCACACAUUGUGUUGUGAUAGCAGAAAGAAUUUACUUUGCUACUUAGAAAACCUACUUAAAAUUUGGUUCUACUUAUUAAAUUACUCACACAUUGUCUGGCAAUUCUGAUACCUAUCUUACAGAAGGUAGAAAAGUCUGAAAAGCCACAUGUUUCGCCAAGUCGUAUCGAGUAUGAAUUGAAACACGCGCGUGUGUGUGAGUGUGUAUUCUUAAACGUGUUCAUUUGGUAAAAAUUAAGUGAUACAGUUAGUUGUGUGUGUUGAGGUAAUUCUUUGGACAUAGAAAACUUUGUGAGGAAUUUCUCAAUAUUAUCAUCAGUGCCAAAUGAUACCUUAUUAUAUAAUAUUAAGCUGUAUAAUUUUGGUACUUAUCUUGAUGUGUAAGCUAAGAGCUUUUUGCUGCUGUAAUAUUUCAGUUUAUGUGCCAUUUGUUUGAAGAUGUUCUGAUUUGGCUUCAUAGUUUCGGUGUAUCCUUAUGUAACCAUUGGCUCUUGAGCUUUAUGGUAUUUUGUUUUGAUUGAAAAUCUGCUGGCUGUGUUGUGCACCAGGAGCAGUUAUGGACCAAACAUCCACAGCAUACAGCUUUGUGUUAACUUUUGUUUUUGUAUUUUUAUACAAAAAUGUUAUUUUUUUAAUUCUCUUUUUUCUUCUUUUCCAUGUGAAGUGCUCAAACUUUGUAAAUUGUGUGAUUCUUAUAAACUUGUAAUGUAGCUGGUGUACAUACAAAUUGCUUGUAAAAAUGUGUCAUACCUAGGUAACAUCAUCUCUGUAAGAAAUAUUUUAGCUUGAAGCAGAAACUGGUCGGACACAUGCUUGUGAGAGUUGCAAUAGUGUUUGAAAAUCUGCAGUGUAAUAUUUUUAGACAUAGCAUAAUGCAUUCAAACUCUACGGCAACUCUUCUUAGCAACGUCUACCAUUUUUAAAUACUAGUACAGCUUUUCAAAUUUUAGAAGAAAAGUGUCUUUAUCUGCCAAACAAUUAUGGUGGCAUUCAUUGUCAUGAACCUACAGCGGUAACAAGCUUUCUAUGAGAAGCGCCUCUAUCUAUAGUUCCCACCGUCCACUCCCCCUCCCCUCACCUCUUGGUUAUUUCAUACAUAAAUUAAUAUCCUCAUGCUGCCAUUGUACUGCUUCCUACUUACUUUCUCCCUUAAUCGUACUUUGUAUUUCCAUUAUUACAUGCAGGAGUUGCUAUAAUUUUUUCACUUCCAUGUAUAGUUGUAAAGUUUAGGAGAAAUAUGGAUUCUUUUAGAAUUGUUAUUUUUUUCAAAUGCAUUAUAUUGCUGGAAACAAAGUAUUUUUUGUUCAUGAUCUCAUUUGUUUUCACUUUUGUUAGUAAAUUUUAACUAAUACAGAUUUAUUGUUUAUAUUGAAAGGAAUCAAAUUCAUGGAAUUAUUUGUAUUGAAUUGUAUGUACAUAUCUCUCUGUUAGCAUUCUGUGUGAAUCAUCCAUUCAUAAUGAAUCACUUAGUAUAUGAAGUCCAUGAGUUAAUUUUGUUGUGUUUUUAUUGCGACCAUGACUAUUGUAGAAUGCAUUAUUGUUUGUUGUUGCUUGCAUUUCGUCAAUAUACGUAUAUACAGCAUGAUAUGGAAUUCAAUGGAUUUUAAGAACGUUCCUGUAUGCAACUAUGAGAGCUGUACUUAAUGAUUCUGCAUUUGUGAUUGUAAUGUUUAAUUGUAAUUUUGAUGUUUGUGUGGUGAAGAGAUGUGUCCAGUUAAGAAAUGCUAUGUAAAUAUAAUUUAAAACUUGGUCACAAACACCUGUACAAAUGACAUUGUUGGAUUUUAUAAUGUGAAAUAAAUUGUGUAUUAUAUGACAGAA